AUGGCGAGGCUAAGGUUCCCCGGCCGCCCGGGAUACAGAUUUGAUCGCAGAGGUGUGCGCUAUGGCGCUGAAGAAGCAAGGAACAUCACUGAUCCAUCCCUUGCAGUUGUUGCUAGCAUCCACAGGGGCCUUCUUGCAUUCAGGGAACUGUUUGGAGAUUCAGAUGAGGAAGAAAGUUUUGAAGGAUUUACUGCCAGAGAUGUUCGCAUUGCAACAAAAAAGGUGGAGGCUCUGCCAGAGAUGCGAGCCCCUGUCAAGACCAGAGUUACCUCCCCUGGAGUAUCCUCCCAUGUUGACAUUGAGCCAUCAUCUGCCUCAAUUGGCACAAGAAUGGCCCAUGCAAAAACCUCUUUGGCAUCACUGCCAGCCUCAGAACGUACAAGGAGUAGGGUGAAAACAGUUGUACGUAAAUCCUACAGACAGAUCAUUAAAGAGGGCCUUGCCAAACCCACUAAGUCACAUUUUGUAGCCAGUAUCAAAGAGUUGAACAGAUCACUAGCUCCUAAAGAGAAGAAAAAACAAAAGCUACUUCCAUCUCCACAGAAGGAAACAGUAUCUCUUAACCAAAAGACAGACAAGAAGGAGCUAACAAAACUUAAAAGCAUUAAGAUUCGAUUAAAAGCCGAUGGAAAGGAAGCAAAAAUUGUCCGUGGUCGUGGUAGACCUUCUAUAUAUCAGAAAGAGACCAUGUUGGAGAUGCUAGAGGGCAAAGGUCACGGCCGUGGAAAAAGAGCUGACUUACACAUCUCAGACAGUCAUAUUGGGGCUAAAGCUGCUCAAAAGGCAUUGUGUGCAAGUACUGUGAUACCCCAUAAAGGGCCAGGUCGACCCAAAAAAAUAGUCCAUGUCCCUGCCACUAAGCAAGUAGAAAAAUCAAGAGCUAAGCAUCUUUUAGCGAAGGCCAAAAAAGGAUCUAAGUCAGCUGGUGUUAAAAAAAAUGUUGUGCAAAAUGUGGAACACCCAAAGGAUUCAACUCCUCACCAGAGAAAAACAUUUGUAUUGCCAACACAGAGUUCGCGUUCUUCACGUGUGAUUAAACCAAACAAGCGCUUCUUAGAGGAUGACAGUGUACAUGCAUUUAUUGCCAAGAAAACGAAGUGUGGGGAUGUGUGCAGUAAGCCUGUGACGAGUCCACUGUAUGUGUCUGUGGGGGAUUCUGACAACUCUGGCAUGUGGACCGAUGUAGAAUCCCCAGGGAUCGGGCUACUUCAGGGUUCCACUCCCACCAGCUUUUCCCCAGGGAAAUCCCAGGACCCCAAAACUUGUCUGUUUGAGCAGCCCUUGAUAGUGGACGGAAAGCGCCAGUGGAAGCCUAGCUUGAAGGUGCGCAUGAAGUUAGGUGAAGAAGAGGAGGUGGAGCCAAAGGACAAAGCACAGGGUAAAAAACCAGCCUUCAUGACUACACCCCCAGGGCAUGAGGUGUCCCCUGGAUCCAUCCUCCCCACCAGCCCUUUUGCAGAGCCACGGUUUGGGCUGUUCAGUCAGAUGGGCUCAGGGCCCCUGUACCCCACUGGGGACACACAGGAGCAGGACCCUCUGGCAGGGCUGGAGCGGGACAGCCAGGCCAAGAAGAGGAGCGGGAACAGUAUACUGCGGCGGGCCAAACUACAGCUGAAUCGAGCAGCCCUCAACCGAUCUAAAGCUGCCCUGGCCCGUAAGCUGAAGGCCCAGAUGAAGAAGGAAGCCCGACUGGAGGAGAAGAGGCAGAAACUGGGGCCUCUCAGUCCCCUAGGGACCAUCAGCAGCCUUCACCUGCAGACCACCCCACCCAAAGCGGGCUAUGAGUCAUCACCUAUCUCACCCAACUCCCAGAUGCCAGGACUACAUGUGCCUGCUGGUGUGAUCAGCCCCCGUAGUGUAAGUAAGAAGUCAGACAGUUCGAGUCCUCGCAAGUCUGGGAAAUCUGUCUGUGCUGUAUGUGGUGGCCCCAGCCGAGCACAGGGCAAGGGAGGCAACUCUGGUCUACCCAGCUGUGAAGGAUGCAGCAAGUUCUACAGGGCACAUUUAAUGCGAGUCCCACACAGAAAGUAUCACUGUAAAGCAGAUGGUAAAUGUGAGAUAAGUUUUAAAAACAAAAUGUUGUGCCGUGCUUGUCGCUUCCAAAAAUGCGCAGAGAUGUUUCCAAAGAUGGCUGCCGCUCCAAGAAAGACAGGAGCAUCGCGAUCCUUGUCAUAUGACAAACUUAGUCGUAUUUUAAAGACUGGGUCUAAGGCUUCACUCAAAGGUAAAGAUGGAGCUAUCCAUAAAACUGAGGGCAGAGUUCAGAAAAGACCAGAAGAGAAGGAGAAGAAACAAGAACGACGGAGUAAAGGUGAAGAGGAUAGGAGUCACUCAGAUGGGGGAACCCUGGUUAGGCUUCUGUCGCCAUCCUCAGUCAAGUCCUCCCCUGUUUCCCCCAAUAAGCAUGGAGAUGGGCCCCCUCCAGCAGACACACCUGCCCCACCUGCCCCAGACGGGCGUGGCCCUCGCAUCAAACACGUUUGCCGUAAAGCCGCAGUUGUCCUGGGCAAACCUGUUGCCACAUUCCCCAGCGCAGCAGAAUUCCGACUAAGUGCUUUGCCAAAACAGGAGAAAGUGAAAAUACUGAAGGAUGAGAAGGAGAAAGCAGUAGAAGGAUCUGACGAUGAACUGCCCAUGGAACAGAUCAUCAGCAGAGCUCCAGAGAAGAAAGACGAUGUGGUCAGUCUCAAGAAAACACCGGUCAAGUCCACGGCCAAAAAAACUCAGGUGAAGCCGUUUCGAGGGGUCAGGCGGCGAAAGGUGCGGUGUAAUGAGUGCAAGGGAUGCCGAGCCUCUGACUGUGGGCAGUGUAUAUACUGUCAGGAUAAGCCUAAAUUUGGAGGGAAAAGCAUUCUGAAACAGGCCUGCGCAGAGAGGCGAUGCUCAAAUCCACGUUACACAAAGGCAGCGACAAAAGCAUUUAUCCGACCCAAGACAGUGAUGGAAAAGUGUGAGUCUUCACCCAGUGUUGACUCCCCAGAUGCUGGGAGUCCAGCAGAAAGCCGGACAGCAGGGCUACAGACAAGCUCACCCACGGGGCAGACUGUGUCACUCUACACAGCACAGACCACAGACACAACUGGAUUCAGUCGAGGCCGGGCUGGGGGAGAGGCAUACAUCCCCAAGAGCCGAGUUGGGGGGGAGGCAUACAUCCCCAGGGGUGGGGAAACCAGGAUCAAAAGGCUCUACCAUCCCACGCAGGCUAAAGUCCUCCCACGAAAGGUGCCCAAAGAGAAGGCAGUGACCGGUUCGAGGAUGCCAACCAUUCUGCCGGUAGUCAGCUCUCUGGCAGACAAAAGACACAAGCGACAGUGGGCAUCCACCCUGAGUACCACUCAUCGUCUCAAGGCAGAGUUCAGGGAAGCCUACGAUGUAGAGACUGCCUGGAGCCAUGGCCUGGCGCUGACCAUGUCUGGAGCCGUCUGUCUGAGGACCGUGUGCUAUCUGUGUGGCAGCGCUGGCAAGCAUGAGAUGCUGUACUGCUGUGUGUGCUGCGAGCCAUUCCACAUGUUUUGUUUAGAGGAGGAUGAGCAGCCCUCAGUGGAGAACAUUCAGAACUGGUGUUGCCGGCGUUGUCAGUACUGUAAUGUGUGUGGGCGCCAGCAGGAGUUGCUGAGAUGUGACAAGUGCCAGAACACUUAUCACCCUGAGUGUUUAGGGCCGAACUACCCCACAAAACCAUCCAAGAAGAAGAACAUCUGGGUGUGCACAAAGUGUGUGCGGUGUAAGAGUUGUGGGGCAACUACUCCAGGGUUAAGCUCCUGUGCUACAUGGACCUACGAUUUCUCUCUCUGUUAUGAAUGUGGCAAAUUGAUGGAUAAAGGAAAUUUCUGUCCUGUGUGUCACAAGUGCUACUCCGAUGAUGACUGGGAGUCUAAGAUGAUCCAGUGCUCUGCCUGUGAUUCCUGGGUGCAUGCCAAGUGCGAGGGACUCUCUGAUGAACGGUAUGAGCUGUUGUCCUGUAUGCCAGAAGACGUGGUGUACACCUGUGCUAAGUGCUCGACCGUCCGCCCAGCCCCCUGGGAGCAGGCCGUUAAGGAGGAGAUGGCCACAGGAUUCAGCCUCGUCCUGGCCGCCCUUUGGAAUUCCAAGUGUGCUCAACACCUGGUCAAGGCCCAGGCAGAUUCUCAGGAGAAUGUGUCAGCUGAAGAGAAAGCUGGGGAAGUAGUUCUCAACAGAGACGUGCUGCCUGUUGCUGCUCUAGAACCAUUUGAUUCUUGUGAUAAAAACACGGACCUGUCCCAGGUACGUGAUGAAAUGUUUGCUCAGUAUGUGGGCGGCCUGAAGCCAGAAGACUGUGAUGUGAUCGAUCUCAGCACUCCUGAGGACCUGGGGGGUAUGAUACCCACGGCAGAAAUUCAGCCAAUCAGUGCUGAUCAGGCUGAACUCUGCACAGACAUUGAACCAAUCAGUGCUGACCAAGAACAACUCUCUACAGAUAUUCAGCCAAUAAGUAUUGAACAAGGAGAACUCUCUUCAAAUAUUGAGCCAAUUGGUGCAUAUCUAGCCAAACCUUGUACAGAAAUUCAGCCAGUUACAACAAACCAACUACAGCCCACUACAAACAAACCGUACACAACAAAAAAUCAGCAACUAUCUUCAGCACAGAUCUCACCUCCACAAGGUGAGUGCAUGGAAACAGACAGUAGUCAUUCUCAGGUACCUAGUGAGCUACCAAACAGCAUUUUGUCACAAGACAACGCAAUCAUGCCAGAGCCACCUAGGAGUGAUACAAAAGAGGAACCCCCAGGCCAGGGGGGGACAGGUGUGGAGGAGGGUGCCCUGCUUCGGGAUAGCCGACAGGCUAAGGAGAGCAGGUCAGGUAGUAUUGACACCUGUUCUCAGACUGGAGGAUUGGACAGAAAGGACUCCAUUCCCUAUUCAACAAACAGCACACCUUGUGUUGGGUGUGAGAACCGAGAAGGGUUAGUCCUCACUGAAAACACACCAUUUUCUGACUGUCUGUCUGAUUCUCCUCCGGCAUCAGGCUCCUGGGAGACACCCAAGGUCACAGGGGCCGUAACAGGUAUGGAUGUUGAUGGCCAGAGUGACACCAAAGGGAACUUGUUAGACAUGCGCCGGCAAUCUCAUGAAAAAGUGCUACAGGAAACUGAGGACAAAAGUGUGCAUAUUGUUGAUGAGGAUAAAAGUGUGAAGGGUAUAGUUUCCAGUAUGUCAGGUCAGUGUGGUGCACUCACAGAGAAAAAACAGUUGGUUCCCCAGUUCACACUCAAAGAACUGCAAGGUCAGCUCAUACCCAGAAAAACCUACCCCAGGGAUUUUGAAGCAAUAAGACAGAAGCUGUAUCAGGAGGAAUAUGAUAGUAUCGAAGCCUUUAAUGAAGAUAUGGUGAUGAUCAUACAAAGUGCACUUUCUGACCCUGAAUCUCAGAAGAGUUCAGCAAAGAAAAAGGCCAAUAACUCUGUCAGGUCUAUUUUCAUUAAGCAAAUGGAGAAGUAUUUUCCAUGGUUUAAUGUUAACAGAUGUUCUCUCUGGAAUCAUCACAGAAGUCUUCCCGAGGGUAUGUUGGCUAAUGCAGUGUUGCCCCCCUAUUCCGAUCACGAGUAUGCCCAAUGGCUGAGUCGACCUCUGACCUUCAGCUCACCCCAGCCAUCGCCCUUCAAGCGGCUGCCCAGAACUCCUGCCAAAGGAGCUACAGAUCUGGAAGAUGGAGAAUCGCCAAACAUACAUGGUGAAGUGGCAGUUGGGGAGGAUAGUCGCCACUGUUUACUCUGUACUCAGUACGGGGAUGGGGAACCACAGGACGCAGGCCGCCUCCUGUACGCAGGUCAGGAUGACUGGAUCCAUCUAAACUGUGCGUUGUGGUCAGCUGAAGUUUUUGAAGAGGCUGAUGGAUCCCUCCAGAAUGUCCAUGAUGCUUGGUUCAGAGGAAAGCAGCUGAGGUGUGACGUGUGUUCAUUAAGAGGAGCGACAGUUGGCUGCUGUACGCGAGGGUGUCCCGCUAACUUUCACUUCAUGUGUGCUCGCCAAGACAGCUGUCUCUUCCAGGAAGACAAAAAGGUCUUCUGCAAACAGCACCAAAACCGGGCAGAUGGAGAGAUUAUCAGAAUGAACAAGUUUGAAGUGCUUCGAAGAGUAUGUAUUGAUAUGGAUGAUAUUCGUUUACCGAAGAAGUCUUGGUCUAAAGGCCUUGACCCCACAUGUGUGAAUCUUCUCUUUGGUGCGUGUACAGUGGAGUUGUUAGGCAGAUUAAUGUACCUGUCCGAUCGGCCUCACUGCCUCUUACCUGUGGAUUUCACGUGUAGCCGCGUAUACUGGAGCACACAGGAUGUUGGUCGGCGUUGUGUGUACACCAUGCGGAUCGUGGAGGUGAGACCAACCAAUCCUCUGCUGUCACCAGAAAUCGUUCUCAAAGAGAUGAGGAUUGUCCAUGAUGAGACUCACCCAGACUUCAAACCAAUCCAUGAGCUGGAUCCCUGUGUUCAGAACUUCUUGCAAGCUGCUGCGUCUCAGGAAAUACCCAACUCCAGGGUGGACCUGAUGGAAUCCUCUCCCAGUUUAUCAUCAGGUUUGACUGCUUCAGCUGUAAGCAGCACUGCCCAGAUCUCAGCCCGAGAACAGCUGUCUACCUCUUCCUUGCCUUCAACCCCUCCAUGGUCUCAAUCGGCAACAAGCCAAAACUACAGCAGCAAGUUUGGCCUUCUAGUCCCUGCUACAGUUGGUCCGAGCUCUGGUAAUAGUCCUGCAUCAAUGGUGACUGAUGUCUCUUCUCAAGACGAUGACUUUGUGGAUCUUAGCAAGGUUGUGAAUCGAUUGAAUAAUGCUGCAGCAGAAAAUUUAACGAAACGAAAGAAAUCACCAUCUGUUGAAUGCUUGCCUUCAUCACUAGCUAUAAGUCAAGAUAAUUAUCCAGAACAAACUGUUGACAAGUCUGCAUUUGUUCCCCCAUCUCAAGCUUCCUCCACUAGUCUGUCUGCUUGUUCGAUGACGAACAGUACUAUGACAGAUACCGACUGUGUCAUUACAAAGGUGCUAGACGCUGAUGGCUCAGAAAUACCACUUGCCUCCGCAAACUCACACCCCUCUCAGAUAAUGGAGAACACAGGGGAUGUUAUGUACUUAGAGCUACCAGCUGGGGUCACCUUACCCAGUAAUGAGGAAGGUGAACUUCAGCUGGUGUUUGCUGAUGGUGUGGACUCUGAAGCAACAGAAGACACAAAACCUGUGUUACCCGAAUCAGUGGAAUAUACAGGUGAUCAAGACUGUGAAAUGGGUAGUGUUCCCCUGUCUGUAGCAAACAGAAUCAGUGAAACAGGACAGGUGUCAAUGCUACAGGAAAACAGUGAAACAGAUCAGGUGUCAAUGCUACAGGAAAACAGUGAAACAGGUCAGGUGUCAAUGCUACAGGAAAACAGUGAAACAGAUCAGGUCUCAAUGCUGCAGGAAAACAGUGAAACAGGUCAGGUGUCAAUGCUACAGGAAAACAGUGAAACAGGUCAGGUGUCAAUGCUACAGGAAAACAGUGAAACAGGUCAGGUAUCAACACUACAAGAAAACAGUGAAACAGAGCAUGUAUCAUGGCUUGAGGGAAACAGUGAAAUGGGCCAUGAGCGAACACUUCAGGAAAACAUUGAAACAGGACACAGUGCAUCAUUUCAAGAAAACAGUGAAACAGGACAUAGUACAUCACUUCAAGAAAACAGUGUAACAGGACAUUGUCCACCUCAGGAAAGCAGUGAAACACUCCAGGUGCCAAUUCAGGAUAUAAAUUAUGAAAUGAGGCCAAUGCCAACGACACAAGACAGCAGAGAAACUCUGCAUGAGAUUAAGGCACAGGAAAGUGGUGAAACUCAUUUUGCCCCAACAGCUGAAGGAAUCGGUGAAAAUAAGAACAUGCCUUCUUUUGAAGGAAACCAAGAAAACCAGCCUGUUUCUAUGGAAGAAACUAGUGAAACUCCACAUAUGCCAACAACUAGAGAAAUAAGUGACACCCCACAAGUACCAAGAACUAUAGAUAGAUUCAUACAGGGAAUGCAGCAGCCAGUGAACAGCCCCACUGAAGUAGUGAGACCUGAUAAUGUGAAACUGUGUGGAGAUGCAGAGUCAGCUUUGUUAAAAAAUUUACCCCAGGAACAUUUCUCGAUUGAUUCAGAUGUACAUGUAUCUGUCUGUAAUUCAUUAGCUGAAAAGACAGAAAAUGUGUCCUCUUUAGCCCAAAAUGCUCAAAGUUCAUCAGGUUUAGCCAUAGAUUCGAAUAAAAAGAAGCUUUCAGAACAUCAGAUUGUCACAAAGACUCCCUCAGGUGGUGCCAGAACUUUGCUGAACAUUUUUCAACAUCCUGUCACAGAUGUUCAAAUAGGUGCGAAAGCUGUCUCUUCGGGAGACCUCCCAGUUGCUAAAGAUAAGGCUGUGGACAAAACAGACAAAAAUAUUUUUGAUGUAUUCUUGAGUCAGCAUAGUGACAAGUGUGCAGAUGAGCCAAAGACAUCUUAUGGGGAAGUGAGAGUGGAAGAAAAGGACACACACAGAUUUGACAUUUUGAGGAAGAAAGAAAACAGUGCAGACAGAGGCGUUGAGCAUGAAAAAGUUAGAAACACUGGCUCCCAUGAUAGAACGUUACGUAUUCAGGAACAUUUAGCUACUUUUCCUAUGACUGACUCAGGAAGUGUUUCCAAAGGGACUGACCACGUACAAAAAACAAUAAAUCAAAGUGUGAAUGAUUCUUUCAGGGAAAAAUUGAACUUGACACAAAAAUCUGGAAAGUUAAUUAAGAGACGACACAGUGCGGAUAAACAUGUAGGGGAUAAAGAGCCUCCCCGAAGGUGUAUUAGUCCCAACCUAGUGCCCAUUUACACCAAAAAAGGUGUCCUCAUGGGUCAUCGCUUAUUGCUAGAAAAUGAUCUGGUUAAAAGGAAAGAAACUCCAUUUCCGGUACCAUUUUCAACUAUUUCACCCAUCCCACUAAGAAAGUCAGUGGGAAAUUAUUCCAUAGUGGCAGAAAAGUCAUUGUGUGAACGCAAAUCGGAGAGGAUGGGUAAGAAGUGUGAUGAGGAAAGAGCAGAUUUUUCUUUUGAUUACAGUGUUCUCCAAAAUAAACUAUCACUUGUAAGCAGUCAAGCUGAUUCCAGCUCUAAGACACCAACCCCAGUCUUAGACCAGGAUCAAUCAAAACCAGUCUUAGACCAGGAUCAAUCAAAACCAGUCUUAGACCAGGAUCAAUCAAAACCGGAAUCACAGGAGAAUGAGCUGCCGGAGGGAAAGACGAAGAUGCCUGAAAAUGAAAAUAGCGCUAUGGCACGGUACCGGCAUUUGAGUGAAGGGGACAUCGGGAAAGUGGCUUCUCUCCUAAGUACUUCUCCCAUAUUGUCACUAAAAUUGCCAAGAGGCCGUGGUAGAGGGACACCAAAGACAGCCACAGGAAAAUCGCAGAAGCAUUCUGAGCCAUUGAAAACCUACCCUCUCCGUCGAACAGCUAGGAGAUUAUGUGACGAGGCAAUGGCAAGGGCACAACUGAAUCAGUCUACCAAGGACAUUGCUGUGGAAGAAAAAGUGCCUACCCCGUUAAUAGAGGAACUGAUGGAGUCAGAGGAAAGCAGCAGCACAUGUAGUGAACCUCCUUUGCUUAAAACACUUGGUCUCCGAAAAGUCAAAGGGGAUGGGCACUCACCACCUUCAGUGAAGGUGGCACUUCAUGAUAUGAUUGCACAGAAAAUCAAAGCUCAAAGUUUAGCCAAGAGUAGCCCUGGAAAAGAGGGUCCAUUCAAGUGUUGUACAUGUAAGAGGCUAUACAGAACAAAGGAGAGCUACCAGGCACACACUGAGGCCUGUGACUUUGAAGUGAGCAGUGAUGAGGAAGAUGAAGAGGAGGCAUCAGAACACAAGCGAGGAUUGACAAGGCUACUCAAGUCUCCUCAGCUUUGUGAGGAGCCUCUUGAGGUUCCCCCUGUAAAGCGUGGCAGAGGCAGGCCACGGAAGUAUCCAGCACCUGUCCAUCAUUCCCCAUUGUUGGUUUCUCCACUCCCCAGACAGAGAGGUCGACCUGCAAAGUUACCCCAGACGCCGAGCAGGGGACGAGGACAUGGCCGAAGGUUAGUAAGGAGUAAGAGUGUGUCGGGAACUGGCGGCACAAUGCCCAGACAGUUGAGGAGUACUAAAGGAAAGGGUAGAAGAAGUCUGCCAUGCCAUUUGCCUAGCAGACAGUCAUUUCAUCUCUCACCCAAGAAGGGCCCCCAGUCAUCCCCAUUGCCCCAGAAAAGAGGUAGAGGUCGGCCGCCAAAGCGAUCCCCAACAACACCUUUGUCAGAGGACAAACCUGCAAAGAGAAAGGCAAGUGAUUCAGGUUCCAAAGACAACAAUGUUAGAAGGAAACUGCGAUCAAGAGUUAAUCUCCUACAGCGAGCGAAAACACCAUUUAAAAGUCGAAAGAGGGCACUGUCUCAAAGUUCAGCUGAACAAGAAAUUGCUAAAUCUUCCUCAGAUGAUGAUAUUAAGCUGUGCGAAAUCUCAGGAAGCAUGUUGUUACAAAGAUUCUCUGGAAAUAGACCAGAUACGAAAUCUGUGGCAGAUGAUUGUGUGAAAAAAGAGGCAACAGCCAAACCUAAUGAAAGCAGCAAAAGUGCAACAAGUAUCCCGAGUUCAGUUUCCUGUGACCCAAAAUGCAGCAUUUCUGAAAGCAUUCAAGCAGACAGUAUUGAUCCAUCAAAAGAUGAUAAUAAGAGUCCAAAUGAUUACAGACAAAAUCAACAAUCCAACAGUAUUCAUGAUAGUUUAACUGAUAAGUCCGGCAGCAUUUCUACAAGCAUUAAAAGGGCCAAUGGUGACAGUUUGAAUGAUCAGUCCAGCAGUAUUUCUACAAGCAUUAAAACGGAUAAUGGUGAUAGAUCAAAUGAUAAGUCCACCAGUGCAAGUAUUCAGUCAUUUAAAUCGAGUGUGUCUAAAGAAGUGAACAUUACUUCAAGUAUUCAAUCCUCAGAAAGAAUUGAUGAGAAGUGUGGAGAGAAAAGAUCAAUUUAUAAAUGGGAUGGUCAUAGUACAUCAGAAUGUAUACUGACUAAUCCCGUUACAGCAAAAGCAGAAGGAAAACCUGAAGACUGUGUGUUAGGAUUACCUGUGGAAGCUCCUAAUCACAUCACAGCAACACCAGAAGGAAAGACAGAUGGUUGUACAGUAGAAUCACCUGUGGUAGAACCUGCCAAAGGCGUUGAGGUAAUGGACACAAACAUUGAUAACACAAUACAAUCCGGUGAUUGGGUAUCUCGCCAGGUAUCAGGAACCUGCCCUGGGCGUGAAGCUGACACUACGUCAGAUUCUACCCCAGGUAUGGCUGAAUGUUCAGUAAGCUCUGAUAUAUCUCGUAGUGACCUUCCCAUGGGGCACACACAUCAAGGUCACCAUUUCACUCCCACUUCUCAGAUGGUAUCCAGCGUAUCAUCAUAUUCCAACAGGCCACAGUAUUCACCAGGUGUAGAAAAGACACGAAUAAUGUAUACUGCACCUGGGUUAAAGAUGCUGAAUGUCAACAUGGGUGGUGAAAUACCCUGUGUCAUGAAACAGUCUACAGGCGAAAGUGAUGCAGUACAUGCGUCAACAGCUGAGAAGAAUUUUGUAACAAAAACUAAACUGCCAAACCAGGUAAUGGUAGCUAAGUCUGGGCCAAAGAUAUUGCCUGUUAGACCAUCCAUUCCCCAAGCCCUGAAUACGCCAGCAGUUCAUGUUACUCCAACAGCAACAAAACCUCCCAACAUUACCUUUGUUCGACAUCAGCCUGGCACAACAGUCAAGCAGAUAAUCAGUACUCUUCAGCCAACAAGUUUUAAUCAAGAAGGGAUGAACCUAAACUACUUGGGAUGCUUUGUGAUGAAUCCAAAGACUCAGGUUUGUACGCAGUCAACGUCUGUGGCUCUUGGAAAAACUGUGAUGUCUGUGAGACAGGAAAGCAGUGCAGGUCUUAUGCCUUCUCAGACCUUCAGCACCACAGGUCUUCAGCAACCCUCCAAUGUGUUAAACCCACUGACUGCCUCUGCUCUUCUGCAGCAGAUGAUGGUCAACCAAGUGCAGCCUGUGAACCAGCAAACUGUCACAGUCCCAACAGUGGGUGCUGUCCCACUACCUAAUCAAGUCCAACUGCCCCUACCGCCAAGGAAUGGCCCAGCUGUUCUAACUGCUGGAUCCUUACCACAAGGCAUGGUAGCUGGGGCACAGUUGAUUAGGACCCUGGGGCCAGUGGGCCAGACUGUUCACCAUUCAGGACUGCCACAGAACAUCGCAGCUGCAGCACCUGCAGCAUCCAGUCCACUGGCAUCGAGUGUGAUGGUACCCCUUGGUCACUCAGCCUCCCAAACACUGACACAAGUACAGAGUUCUAUCCAAGCUAACUUAUCAGGCAGCCUUCCUCAUAGCUUUGUCUCACCUGCAGCGCAGAUUUCUCACAGGGCCACUAUUCCCCGUGCACAGGAGCAGGUGGUUCACCUGAAUAGCAUUCCAGGAAGCACAGUAAACAUGCCCCCUAUGGCCAGUAUGAGAGAGGCGUUUGUGAGGAGACUGCCACCUCAGCAUGUAGACCCCAGCCCUAUCAGACAGGUAGCUGCUUCAGCAAUGCUAUCUGGUGGUCUCACAGCACCUGGUCAGUCAGACAAAACUGUGAUCCAGGUAUUCCCGUCUGGCAAUCUGGUGAGUCGUUCCAUCCCCCAAAUCUUGCAGGGGAAUUCCACACUGAGUCCAGCUUCCUCAUAUGGCCUCUCAUGUCCACCAGCCAACAGCAAACCAGUUCCUUCAGAGCCCUCCAUCCUGAGUGGUGCAAACAUCGUCAAAAUUGUUGUGCCAGGUGGCCCUGGAAGAGCCACUGCUCCAUUUGUGAGUAAUCUUCCUCAAAGUACUGCCUUAAAGAUUCUGAAGGAAAUGGCCUCUGGUCCACAUGCUUCCUCUGUUUUAACUUCCACGGGUAACAUGGUCACAGUCAACGCCAACAACCAUCCGAAGCUGAGAAAUCUACUUCAUGCUGUGGAAAAACAGUCGGAUGGAGAGGUAAAUGAUGGGAAGCAAUCACUUACUACCACUGCAGGCUCAAUAACGCAGCUUCCACAACAGCUCAAUCAGGUGACAACUGCCAGCACUGAACAUUCACAAUCCUUUACAGUCAGGAAUACUGCCUCUAAGACCUCACCUAUUGACCCAGCUUACUUGCGCCAGCUUCUCCAGACCCGCCCUCUGUCUGUCAACCCCCGUCUCAAUCUAACGGUUCCAGCGCACAAGGCUCCACAUACAUUAGCAUCUGACCGGAUGACCCUGGCAGAGAGUCACAGCAACCAAGUUGACCAGGCCAAACCAGGAUACAACAACAUUGUGAUGAAAAGAAUCAUCAAGCAUAAAGUUGCCUCCAAGCCAUCCAUUCUAAGUCGUAAAAGACCAGGACCUGCUUGGAUGAAGCAUCCUGUGCCUGCUAAGAAGAUGGGUAUGACAGUGAUGGAGAAGAAUGGUGUGAUGACUGGCUAUGUGUGCAAGUCUCUGAGUCGACAGAUGGACACAGUGUGUCAGAAAUCUGCAAGCCAAGAGCAAUCUCUGCAGAUGGUAAAGAGGAUGCCGCCUUCCUUAUCCAGGAAGUCACAGGUUGCACGAGAGAAGGUGUUGAAACCAAGGACAGCUGCCAAGCCCAGCUCAUUGCAAAGGCCUAAAGCUACAGGACGUCUCCAGAGUCAUCCGAUGAUUCACAGUCAGAGAGAUUUGUCCGUGUUACCUCAGCCUGCUCUGGAGGAAGAAGUCACCGAGUCUCCCCUCACUGCACCGGCUUAUUCCACAGAGGAUCAACGAAACAGAGAAUCACAGCGCGCUAACAAAGAUAAACCACGCCUUAUGUUUGAAAUCACCAGUGACGAUGGCUUCUAUACCAGAGCAGAUACCAUGGAAGAGGCAUGGCUGAAAGUUACAGAGAAAGUACAGGAUGCAAGAAUUUCAGCGAGGAUGAAACAGCUGUCCUUUUCAAGUGUCCACGGUGCCAACAUGUUCGGUAUAAACCACCCAGCAGUCGUCUACCUCCUUGAGCAGCUCUCUGGGGUUAGGAAUUGCCACAGCUACAACUUCCGCUUCUUCACGCACCGUCUCUCCCUGCCUGAGGAGGAACCAGCUGAGAAUGCAAGUGGUUGUAUCCGCUGUGAGGAGUUUGGCAGUCGUAAACCAUAUGACAUGUUUAGCUUCCUUAUGUCACGUUACCGAAAUAAGCCAUGUCCUGAACAGCAGGGACCUGGGGAUGAGGAGAUGGUACACAAAUCAUCUAGACGAGCUACCAGCAUGGACCUACCGAUGGCCAUGAGGUUCAGACAUCUUCAGGAACAUGCCAGAGAAGCUGUGGGUGUUUACAGGUCUGUCAUUCAUGGCAGAGGACUCUUCUGUAAGCGUAAUAUUGAUGCUGGAGAAAUGGUGAUCGAAUAUGCGGGUGAAGUGAUUCGCUCAGUGCUGACAGACAAGCGGGAGAAAUUCUACGAGAGUAAGGGAAUUGGCUGUUAUAUGUUUCGGAUAGACGACAUGGAGGUAGUUGAUGCGACGGUACAUGGAAGUGCAGCUCGGUUCAUAAACCACUCCUGCGAACCUAAUUGUUACUCCAAGGUUAUCAAUGUGGACGGAAAGAAGCACAUUGUGAUAUUUGCCAUGAGGCCGAUCAAGAAAGGUGAAGAGCUGACUUAUGACUAUAAAUUUCCUAUUGAGGAAGUGAAGAUUCCUUGCACAUGUGGAUCAAAACGCUGCAGGAAGUAUCUCAAUUAAGCCUGGACCAAUGUGACCCUAAGGACGACGGAGUAAUCGGGAACAGUUGAUGGACAGAAGGAUGGGGGAAAAGUUCAUGGACAGAAUGAAGAAGUGUUCAUGGACAGAACAAUGGGGAAAAUUUUAGGGAUAGAACAAUGGGGAAAAUUUUAGGGACAGAAUGAUGGGAAAACGUUCAGGAACCUGAUGUCCAGUGACCAAAAAGUGGCAUUUUAGUGUUCAGCCAACGCUUUGAAUUUGGCGGAAAUGUAGUCAACAUGUAAAUCAUUGAAGCAGCCUGUGUUUUGUCAGAUCUGCAGCAUGCACUUUAUAAGUUUUACCACAGUGUGAUUUUUUUUUUUAAUUUCAUCAGCACUAGCAUCACAAAACGUUGCUGCAUGUUCAUGUAUUGCAGUCGUUACUUGAACGGUUUUUUUUUUCUGUGUAUGAAAAGGUUUAUUAGAAUCAAAAAUGUUCUUGGACAACAAUUUUUAAGGCUAUUUGUGGGGCUCUUUUUAGAACCAGUGUGAAGUACAACUGUUUUAUUUUGAUACGAUUGUGUGAUACCUAUAAAAAGUCAGAAAUAACAAUUAAGUGUAUAGCCCAUUUCCAGACAGGUGUGUUAUUUUAGUUUUUAUUGCUUGAUUUGAUUUUGCACAUUUGCCUGUAAUUACAGACCUGUUUAUAACCAUAACACCUCUGCACAUAAGAGAAUCUGUAUGCAUAAUGUCAGAUAAUUUUGUUCAUUUAUACUCUUAGUGCUUCACAUGUGCCUUGUGCUCAUUACAGGGAACUUUGGGGAUUUCUGCUUUAUUUAUGAUUGUCGUCACUGUACUAAGGUAUCUUCUGCUGACCUUACCACCCCUCUCCCCCACACCAAUCCCCCCUCCCCAACCCCACCAUUCCCAUGUCCCCCCACCAACUCAACUCUAAUUCAAUUAAUUCAUGUUGUGUAAAUUCGCUUUGAAAACAAAAAUGUGAACCUAAACCAGAUUUUUAGACUUAUUUUGGUCAUUUGUUAUAUGUUCAGUUUGUAAAUAUGUAAUAGUAUUUAACUUGUUUGGCAUGCUUUUUAUUAAAAAAAAAGGCUAAUGUUAGUAAGUUAUGUAGUAUGUUUUCACCUUUAUGUUGACAAGUUAAGUCAUAAACAAACCAUAUUGCAUUUAUCCACAUAUACAUUUAUGCAAAUGCAUUUUGACAGAUUGGCGCUAGAGUUAAUCUGACCAAGUCUGAGCAAGUAAGGGUUAACUUCCAUCCAUUAAGUAAGAGUGAGGCAUUAGUGAUGUGAAAGGGUGUCUCAUGUUCUCUAAGAAGACUCCAUAUCUUAUCACUGUUUAAUAUACAUAUGUAUCGUAAUCAUAGCCAUCAUCAUCAUUGUCAUCCUUUUAUACAUGCACAUAUAUUUAUGAACAAAUCAUGUAAGGCACCUCAUUCACAACCAUGUGAAUGACUUAAUAGUCGGCAACUCCAGUUUCAAAAUUGACUUGGUGAUUCUCCGA